GGACAUAAUUUGUUUCAAACAGCCGCACCGUUUUUAAAAUCCUUAGUACAGCGUCAGAAGGUGACUCGGAACUGUACUGUGAAACCUGUAUUCUUCUGUUUUUCUGUAUUUUUGCACGACUUUACGAGCUUUAUAAGCUUUAGAUACCGGUAUCAGACGCUUUGGCAUCUUGUAUCGACUUAUAGGAUAUUUUUUGAGCGAUGGCGCGGCAUAAGGAGGAUAUAAAGAUCCCAGAAGUUCCCGAGGUGUUGGAGGACCCGACGACCCACCGUCGCUAUGUCCGCGGUCGGUUCUUGGGCAAAGGUGGUUUUGCCCGUUGUUACGAACUGACAGACCUCCAGACCAAGCAGAUUGUGGCCGGGAAGAUCGUCCCGAAAGUGCUGCUCUCCAAGCCGCACCAGAAGGACAAAAUGACGAUGGAGAUAGCGAUCCACCGGAGUUUGAACCACCCGCACAUCGUUGGCUUCCAUGGCUUUUUUGAGGAUAAGGAUUUCGUCUACGUUCUGUUGGAGUUGUGCAGAAGAAGGUCCAUGAUGGAGCUCCACAAGCGGCGUAAGACGGUGACUGAACCCGAGGCACGAUACUACAUGAUGCAGACCCUGAAGGCCUGUCUGUACCUACACAACAACAAGGUCAUCCACCGCGACCUCAAGCUGGGAAACCUCUUCCUGAACGACGAGUUGGAGAUUAAAGUUGGCGACUUUGGCUUGGCUACAAAGGUCGACUUCGAUGGGGAGAGGAAAAGGACGCUGUGUGGAACACCAAACUACAUCGCUCCAGAAGUGCUUGGGAAGAAGGGCCACAGUUAUGAGGUGGAUGCCUGGUCUAUAGGCUGCAUCAUGUACACCCUGCUGUGUGGCAAGCCUCCGUUUGAGACCCACAGUCUGAAGGAGACGUACAUGCGCAUCAGGAAGAACGAGUACUUCAUCCCGCAGCGCGUCAGCCCCACCGCCCGGGCGCUCAUCAUCAAACUCCUGCAGUCGGACCCCGGGGAGCGCCCCUCAGUACAGCAGAUCAUCGACGACGAGUGGUUCCGCGCCGGCUACAUGCCGUCCAGACUCCCCGUCACGUGCCUCACCAUGGCGCCCAGGUUCCCCGCUUCCGCAACAAGAAAUCCACUGAGAGAGUUGAAUAGCAAAGAUGGCAGUAACACCAACACUGCAGGGUUGAAGGAGAACCAGCCCCAGUCCAAAUCAGGAGGCACGCAAGAGAACAUCAAGCCUGGACUGGCAAGGUUGAACUCUAAGGGUGAAGACGAGGCUGUACCUGACUACUACCUGUCAGACAUGAUGACUCAGCUGUCUUCAGUGCUCGCUGCCAGGCCCACAGAGAAAGUGAAGGGAAAUGAAGAGGAUGCAGAAGAUCCGGCAGCAGUCCCCGUGUUGUGGGUGAGCAAGUGGGUAGACUACUCCGACAAGUAUGGGCUAGGGUACCAGUUGUGUGACGGCAGUGUUGGUGUUCUGUUCAAUGACUCCACCAGACUCUUACUGUACUCUGACAGUGAACAGACUCAGUACAUAGAGAGGGAUGGGACAGAGUCGUACCAUACCAUCAAAACUUUCCCUGAAGCUCUCACCAAGAAGGUAACCCUACUGAAAUACUUCCGCAACUACAUGAGCGAACACUUGCUGAAGGCGGGAGCGAACAUCGCCCCCCGCGAGGUGCAGGAGAUGGCGCGGCUGCCGUUCCUCCGGAUGUGGUUCCGCACGCGUAGCGCCAUCGUGCUUCACCUCAGCAGUGGGACCCUACAGAUCAACUUCUUCCAGGAUCACACCAAGAUCAUCCUGUGCCCCCUCAUGGGCGCAGUCACCUACAUCGACGAAAAGCGUAACUCUCGGACCUUCCGCCUGUCCCUGAUCGAAGAACAGGGAUGCAGCAAGGAGCUCUUCACUCGCCUACGCUACGCUCGCACCAUGGUGGACAGGCUUAUCGCAUCCAAGUCCGGCUCUGGCCGCGUGAAAACUGCAACAUAACUUAGUUAGUACAGAACUGUAGCCUUCACUUUACUUUAACUGCCAUAUACUGAAAUGCACAGGAAUUUUGCAAUUGCUGUUGACAAAUUUAUACAUUGAUGGCAUCUUUUUAAAAAUCUACUUUGAAUUUGAUGAAACACUAGAAGAUGUAGCAUUUUAGGGGGAAGUUAGCAUCUCGUUUGUCACUAAGAAGAUCAAGAGAAAUUCUAGGGACAAUGUCCUUAGUGUCUUUUUAGCUAAGGACCUUUUCUUGGUAAUAAACAUGCUAGAGGACCUUUUCUUGGUAAUGAACAUGCUAGUUAUAAUGUACUUCCAGGUUGAUAAAUGAUGUAUUAUUGAAAUAUGUCCUCUUGUUGAUGUGUAUUUGUAGAUUAACUGUUUUCUUGAGUUUUGUCAGUUUUUUUUUUCAAGUUUCAAUAUUGCAUUCUUUGUUGUAUUUACUAUGAUGAAGUCCUCAAAGCUGAACUGUACAAUAUUCGCAUGAAGAUAGCAGAUAGAUUAGUUCUGUUGAUUUAUCCGUAUGAAUAAAUCUGUAGGCUCAUGACAUUUAACCAGCAAUAUGGAAUGUCAUGUUUUUAGUCUCUCAAUCACAAACUGCUGCAGUAUUGGGGAACAAUGCCUUUGUUUUGAAAGACUGACGAAAAAUUUUGAGUGCUCUUGUAGUCUAGAAUGCUUGUCAAACAGUCAACAAGCUUCUGAUGCAUUACCAGGUCACAAAAUUAAAAAGUUGCAGGACUCAACAACAUUUUUCACAUCAAAAUCUUCUCUAUCACAUUACAUUGGGAUCAGACCUGCAGGCAUCUCUAAAAAUUUGCAUGGUGAUCAAGAGCACAGGGUGUAUUACUCACGAAAAUGUAAUUUAGAGACUUGUUGACCGACCAAUUUUCCAGCUGUGUGACUGGCAAAAAAAGCUAUUUGUGUGGAAAUACCUUGGUGCAAUGACUAAACUUCAACUACAGCCCAGAACACUGAAUUUGUACAUUUCUAACCUACAUCAUACUAUGUGCCAUACUUGAACUUACUUGUUCUGUAAUAUCAAAGGGUCAGUGUUCAUGUGUAUUUUUAAACAAAUAGUCUGUUUUAGAGUGUUUGGAUGAGUGAAACAUAGAUGAGUAAAGUGUAAUGUUCAUCUUGCUGUAAUGUUUUGCAAGCUGGACUUUUGUUUCGGGACAUUUUGUGCUGCAGAUUUUGUGCUGCCAUGUUUAUAGGACACAUACUACAAUGUAUGUAAUAAGACGUAUUAGGUUUAAUUUUUCUUUUACACAAGAAACUGUCAACCUCACCUUGUCACAUUUAAUUUUAAAUUUUCAUACUUCACUCCAACACAAUGCUUUAUUAAAAUCCUUUGUGUAUACUUUUCCACUACAGAUGUUGUUUUUUUAUUUACUUGAAAUAUUCUGUCAGAACAUGUAUUCCUGUAAAUUUUAGGAAUUUUUCUGUUAUGAGGACACUUGUUUUGUAAGUUUGAUGAAAUGUACAAACUUUAGGUAACCAAACAUUUGUGGAUGUAUGAAUGAUAUAUGCUAGUAUUAGAUGAACAAUAAAUCAAAUUAUGGA